ACAGGGUACUGAAACUCGAUCACUAUUUGCCGGGAAUUGAUCUAGUAGUAAUUUGAGAUCCGGUGAAAUUCUCAUUUGCACAUUUUCUCUAGAACAAGAAUGGGGGUGAUAAUCGAGAACAAUAUUUGGGAGCCAAAUCCAGCGCUGUAUUUAUUCUUCUUCAUAUCAUGUUGCUUGUCAAUAUAUUAUUUGCCAAACAGUAACAGAAGUACUCCUGCCGUCUUCGAUCACGCACCUUCCUCUUCCUUCCUUCGUUUUCAGAGAAGUUUCCUCUUACUCUUUUCUCUUUCUUCAGUGAUGGAAGGCUUACUGGCAGUAUUUGGAGAGUAUGAGUUGGCGUACCAUGGCGUUGGUAGGGAGCAAAUGGUCAUCUCUCUAAGUAUUGGAUAUGCAGCUGCUCUCUUUGUUGGUACCUUUUUGGGCAUGCUCUCGGAUUUGAUUGGCCAGAGAAAAGUGUGCUUGUUGUUUUGCUUGCUGCAUCUUUUUGUUGCCAUAUGGAAGAGGGUUACUGGACAUCCAAGUGUUUGGCUCGCUAGUAUCUGUCUCUCUCUUGCCUCUACGAUAUUUUUCUUCAACUUUGAGACAUGGAUGGUUGUUGAGCAUGAUAAGUUUGGGCAGAGGCAGGAUUCAGUUAAUGACAUGUUUUGGUUAAUGACUUUUGUUGAAUCUGCAUCUUUUAUUGGAAGCCAAGUGGUUGGAAACUGGUUAAUCAGUGGUCAUGAAAAGACAAGUUUGCUUGCUCCGUCCAGUGCAGUGGUAAUAAUGGCUCUUAUUUCUCUGGCUUGUGUCAGCCGAGGAUGGAGGAAAGAUCCAAAAUCAAUUGUUCUUAAAGAUUAUCAAACUAAGUUUCAUACCUACAUACUUGGUGAUAAAAGGGUCUGGCUUUUGUCAUGGACCCAAGCUGCCGUCCACUUCUCAGUUGCUGUUUUUUGGAUUAUUUGGGCUCCAGCUAUUGUGGCAGAUGGGAGAGAGGUUUUACUAGGUUUGAUAUACCCCUGUUUACUUGGUGCUAAAAUGCUUGGAAGCACUGCAUUUCCCUGGUUCUCCAGUGGCCCUUUAUCAUUUCGAACAGAAGAAUGCUUAGCAUAUGCAUGUAUUGUUAUGGGCUUCGUCACUUCCAUUGUGGCUUUUGAUUAUCAGGACAUUGAAAUUCUUGUGAUGCUAUUCUGCAUAUUUCAUGCUUGUGUGGGAUUGGUUUUGCCUUCACUUGCCAGAUUGAGAACCAUGUAUGUGCCAAAUGAACUUCGUGGAGGGAUGAUGAGUUUAUCCAUUGCUCCUUCGAAUGCGCUUAUGUUGUUCUUUCUGAUUCAGAGAGGUUUCUACCAGAGGAUUGAAAAUUCAACAAUUAUAGCUAUGGCCACUCUUGGUCUUUUUUCUGCAGCUGGAUGCAUGUAUAUGUUAAAGCGGCUUGGAAAGCAACCACACCAGAACUGGCACAAAUUAUGAGCCCUUCCAUAUUUUUGAAACACUUCUAUUCGUGUUGGGUGUUCCUGUAUAUAGCCGGUUAAUUGAAAGUUUAAAGAAACUGCAGCUUUGGGAUGUGAUGAUGGGUGCAAAGUGACAUCCUCUGCAAAUGGAAUAUCAAGAAUGAGAUUUAGCCGA